AAAUGAAAAGAAGAAGAGGAGGAGAAGGAGGUGAAGCAGCAAGCAGCCAGAAUGACGUCGCAGGGGCCGGCGGCUCGUUAAGAAGAGCUGCAGACACAGGACCUGCUGCGCCGUUUCUUGUGAAGCCUCUGCUUCCUCUUUAAGAAACCACUGACAUUUGAACUCCUCGAGCAUCGUUUGACUUCCCACUUUGAUCUCGGUCCAAGUCAGCUGGAGAGCAGAUUUCGGGGGCUGGUCAUGGUGUCCGGUGAGAAGGUGUGGGACCCCCUCCACGCGGGCCUUAUCCAGCCACGUCUGAGUGAACGACACCCGGCUGCCGGGCUAAUCGCACGUACUGCAGCUAAGGAAGCAACGUGCCAACAGAGUCGCCGGUUGUCACCUUUGUCUUCCUCGCCACUGUCACUAGUGGCGGUGGACAACCUUCGCCCAGUUCCGGCCUCCUCGAGUCAGAUCGAAGGGCUACACAAACAGGUCCGCUGUCUUGGAGUGGCCUCCCAGCCUGAAGAAGAGGAGGAGGAAGGGGAAGCGGAGCAGCUGGAGAUGAAGGGUAAAAGGCACGGAGGCCGGGGAGAGGCCAUGAUGGAGGACAGGCUGGAGGACAUGGCCGAUGGACCUAAAAAUGCAAAAAUCACCCUAAGCUUCCCGCUGAGUGCCGCCCCCCUCCCCGCCUCCCUGACGUCUCCAAGCCACUGUCGUAGCUCUUCCUCAUCCUCCCCCUCCCCUCACCGACGGUGGCCGUCCUCCAAGAGCUCAGACGAGGGGUCGCUGUGGAAACUGGAUGCUACCAUGGACGUAAAGCACAGACCUUUUAAGCCCCCGAGGCACGACAGCUCUCCGUCCUCUUCGCCUUCCUCCUCCUCAUCUCCCAUGACUGUUCAUGCACUUAGCAGGAAGGAUAUAAAAUCCCCGCCUCCUCUCAAGUGCUCCAAACUCAAUCCAGAGACUCAGUUUCACAGAUCGCCCCCGAGAUCCUCCAGCGGGUCUUCAGGUGGCGGUUACAGUGGGGACGGAUGGGAGGAGAGGCACAGGGUGCCCAACGGUACGGCCUCGCCCUCUCAGACCGCCCAGAUCCUCUUCAGUCUGGGCGGUUCGGCCUAUCAGAGAGGUGGAGAUGCAGAGAGGAGAGAGAAAAUAACAGGAAGACCAGCUGGGAAAGUGGGCAGCCCUCAUGGACCUCUUCACCCACCCACCCUCCACCUCCCUCCACCCUUACCACCACCUCCUCCUCCCCCAUCUGAGGGUCUCACCGCACCCCCUCACUCCUCCUCCUAUCCUCCCACAGACAGCCUGAAGCCGGAGCUGAUUUGCGGAGUGUGCCAUCGGCUUUUCAGCUCGGCCUCCUCCCUGACGGUCCACAUGCGGCUGCAUCGUGGCAGCCGCGCCCUCAGCUGCCGCUACUGUGGCAAAGUCUUCAUCCACAGCAAAAGACUGCAAUCCCAUGAGGCCUCCUGCAGGGCGCCAGGCCUGCCCUCCAACAGCCUGGGCCCUCCUUCUCUCACUGUGCAGCCAAAGGAGGAGCCGCUGGAGGAGGGCGAGGUGAGAGUGGAGGGAGGAGUGAUUGUGGGACAAUCAGACAUGGGGAAGGCGCGGCCGGGGAAGAAAGCACGGAGCCUGCUGGCACGGAUCCAAGGUGAUGAUGCAGCAGCCGCAGAGCUCCUCGCGGGUGAUGAGCACCAUUUUGUGAAGGUGGUAGAUGGCAAUGUCAUUUACUUCUGCUCCGUGUGUGAACGUUCCUACAUGACUCUGUCCAGCCUGAAGCGCCACUCUAAUGUACACUCGUGGCGGCGCAAAUAUCCGUGUCACUUUUGCGACAAGGUCUUUGCCCUGGCGGAGUAUCGCACAAAGCACGAGGUGUGGCACACAGGGGAGCGGCGCUACCAGUGCAUCUUCUGCUGGGACGCCUUCGCCACCUACUACAAUCUCAAAACGCACCAGAAGACCAUCCACGGGAUUAACCCCAGCCUCAUCUCCAGUGAAAAGACAGCCAACGGGGGUUACAAGCAGAAAGCUAACGCCCUCAAGCUCUACCGCCUCCUCCCCAUGCGCUCCCAGAAGAGACCCUACAAGACGUACAGUGACAGUUUGCAUAAUGGCCUGUUACUGCCAACAAGUGAGACACCUUCCCUUUCCCUGCCUGGCCUGGGUUGUAAUCUGGGCCCUGAGGACCUCCAGAGCCUCAUCAGCGGGGCCCAUCCUCAGAGUUUAAAGCCUGACCCAGAAGACUUCCCCGAUGGCUUCCCUGUUUCUGUGUCUGCUGAGCAAGGGGACCUCUCCACACUAACACCCAUCCCCCAAUCAGACAUGCCCCAAGUUAGAAAACAUGAGAGUGAGGCCCUUGAGUUAGAGCAGGGGAGAGGCAGUGGUAGCUUCAAAAUGUCUAGUAGCAGUAAAACCAAAACUCCCAAGACUGGUAGAGGCUCAGAAACAAGCAUGCCUUCUGUGAUAACAUAUGGCCACACAAAACCUUCUGUCAUAGUUCAUGGAACAGCAGUGUCAUCCUCCGUCAUUGUGCACAGCAACCAGGUCACCUCUGGGAGCGAAAAGAGCCCAAUGAGCAGCCCGUCCCCUGAAACCAGCCACAGUCAGACUUCACUCAAGGGCAGCCCCAGGCCAAUCAAAAAGCAAAGGGACAGCGCAGAUAACCACAGAAAGAGGUCAAGAGACAGUUCAGAUACGGCAGAGGAGGUCCCGAGAGGGAGACAGGGCGCAGAGACAGACAGAUUAUUUCACAAAUCACGCAAAUCCCACAGCAAGAGUGACUUCUCUAGCUCGAAGCAGCUUUCAGCAUCUGUAGGGUCACAGGUCAAAGAGGCAGGGCCGCUGUGCCAGAUUACUGUACGUAUCGGUGAGGAAGCCAUAGUGAAGCGCAGCAUCUCUGAGACAGACCUCAGGAGAGACAAGAGCCUUUCUCCGCCCAAAACCAAACGGUGUGAAACAUCUUCGGCGCGGGAUGCCAAGGAAACACGCCACUCACACUCCCACCACCAUCACCACAAACACCGCCUCCACCGCAGAGUCAGCCUUGAAGAAGAGGGUGAUAAGGAAGGAGGAGACUGUGAGGAGGAGGAGGAGGAGGAAGAAGAGGCAGAGGAGGGUGAGGUCAGGAAAAAGAGCUCCAAAUCUCCUGAUGAAGUGAGGGAGUACUACUUCCGUCGGGAGGUGCGUGACCAGGACAGCGACAACGACACGGAGGACAAUCUGUGGCGGCCUUACUACUCCUACAAGCCCAAGAGAAAGGCCCAAGCACAUCUACAGAGGGUCAAGAGCUGGCAGAGGAAACUGAAGUUCAAGCGCUCCAUCCGGCUGAAGAGGAGGACAGAGAGGCUCAAGAACCACGUGAAUAAAGAAACCGAGAAAUUACAAAUCGAGGAAGAGGAUGAAAAGAUCGAGGAUGCUAAAAAACUGUCAAAAGCAAACAGAGAUAAGGCCGAGGGGGAAAAGAGAGAUUAUCACCCUUUAAAGGAGAAAAACAAAGCGGAGGAAGAAGAAGUCAAGGAGGCCCAUCAUGAGGCUUCCACUCCCUCCCUGCAACCUCCAAAGCCUCCUCUGUCUACCUCAGCGGCUCCUACGGGAAUAAAGAGGCGGCCUUGGACGAAUGGGAACGCAGCAGAGUGCGGCACAUGCGGCCGCUGGUUCUCAAGCCCCAGGAAGAGAGACAAACACGAGCUGAGCCAUCUGCUUGAGUUUGUAUGCCUCUUCUGCCGAGCCACUUUCCCCUCGAGGGAUAAGCUGGAGGACCACCAGAGAGCCCAGCAUCCCAAGCCUACUGAGGCGCCCUCUGUACCCCCGAAAGUGGCACUUGGCGAACAAGAUGAAGGGUUUAAAUCUGUGCCAGAGAUUACAAAGUAUGAUGAAGAAAAAGGGGGGCAAGUAGGCUCGGUAGGAAGCAAUUCUAGCCCGAGCCGCCUCAGCAGAAGAGCGCUGUCACGACACACCUGUCCACAGUGUCACAAGGUGUGCAAGACGUCUUCAGCACUGACACGCCACAUCCGACGCCACGAGUUAAGCAGUUCCCCGGAGAGAGAAGCGGAAGAUAAAGAAUCGGAGCCAAAAACAACAGAGACAGUUGUUAGCAGAGACCAAGAGAGUGAGAAAGGCCAGGCUCCCAGCGCUCUCUCUGUUUCAGUUAUCAGCUAUUCAACACCAGACCCGCCCAGCAGCGGUGACUGUCUGGCCUCCCAGCAGCACGAAGACCAUCUCUGUGAACUGACGGACGAACAUCACAUGUCAGAAUCACGUGACAAGCCGGAACUGACAGAGCUCACACACCCGGCUCUAGAGAGAGAGCCCAGCCCGCAGAGUGCAGACCCUCCAUUAGAAAGCCCGGUUAACCUCACACCCACUAAACACGAGUUCACGCCUGCCGCAGCCUCUACACUCCACAGCGUGCUGGUCAUGAACGGGCCCGAGUGUCUGGACUACCGCACCCCCAGCAAAAAGACCCAAGACAGCCAGAUCCACAGAAUACCCAGCCCCGUGCACGCCGUGGCAUCAUCCACCAACACCUCCCCAAAUGUGCCCAUGACGUCACACACCAGAAUAACCACUGCUGCUCCUCCUGUUUCCAUGACAACAGCUCUCAGCUCCGAGGGGGGAUUCGUGAAACGGGAUGGGGUCAUUAUGGACAGAGAGAGGCAGGGCGGGAGCGCUAUAUUUCUACACGGAGGCUACGAGGAGCCGCCUCGGGUCCAAGACCUCAGAGUUCAGUGCCUGUCCAGGAGCCCCUCUCCCAACGAAGCACAAGACCUGACCAUGUCCUCCAUUCUAGCCAGAGAGAGGGAGAUAGAGAGGCAGAGGGAGAAGGAGAGGGAGCUGGGGAGACAGAGAGAAAGGGAGAGGGAGAAAGAAAUGAAAGAGAGAGAAAGAGAGAUAGAGAGGGCUCAUCAGAUGAGUAGAGUUGCGCACGCACCACAGGAGCAGAUUUCCCUGCUGGUCCCUAAAGAGGAGCCCUUGAGCCCUGUGCCGUCCCCCCAGCAUAUCCCCACUCAAACCACUAUGAAUGGAUCCUCCUCACACAGGCACACUCCUAAGUCCCCCUGCCGGUCCCCCUCAACUAUUGGCCUCUUAGCUCAAAGCAACCGCCAGGUUCACUCCAGUUCACAAGGACUCGACAGGCUCUCGCUGCCCACUGGAGCAGCUGCUGCCUGUGACCGGCCCUCCGCCCACGCUCUGCUCCUCCCCCGAGCCCCCCAGCCACCUGAGCCGGAGCACCACGAUACUGUUUCUUCCAGAGACUCCCAGCACGGGGACGCCACCCCAGUGGGGGGCUACCAUGGACAGAGUUACCCGUUGCCCCUCAUUGUGCCGGACGGCUACCGCUCCGGUAAGAAGCAGGAGGAAAACCUGCUCAUGUCCUCCUACCCUGCUGGAGCUCUUCCCUUCGGCCCGCUGGGGAAAAUGAUGGUCCCUAAUGGCGGGGAUCUGGCUAAGCUGCCGUUUUAUCCGGACCCUUACCAGCUGCUGUACGGGCCGCAGCUGCUGGCCUAUCCCUAUAACCUAGCAGCUCUUCCUGUGGCUCUGAAUAUGAUGGCACCUGCAGGGGACAAAGUGGAGCCUCUGCCUUUCCUCCCUGCCAUCUUCAACUACGCAGCCACUGCUGGGCCCUACAUGGGCGCAGCGCCUCACCCUCUCGUGGCAAACCCCAGCCUGUACAGCAGCAGCGGCGGCAGCAGCAAGAAGCAACGGGACAGCAGCAGCAGCAAACCGUAGGACACAGAAGCACUAUAAGGAAUAUAUAUUUCAGUGGGGACGGCCUGGCCUGUUUGUGACGGGAGUGGGAGGGGUGCGUGCUCACUGGGUCACUGAGUACACUCGCACAGUACCCCUGCCUCUCUUUUUAUUCAGUAGAGAUCAGAGCUAGGCAUUAAACCAGGAGCAGGUUGAAGGGAGGAGAAGGAGCAAAGAAACGGGGAGAGUUGCCGGUAUCACAGUGACGUAUCAUCGCUCCCCUCUCUUUACUCUCACUCGCCUUUCUCCGCGUCGCUCCUGUCUCGCUGUAGUGUGUCGUAGUUCUAGAGCUUGAUUAAUCUUCCUCUCUGACUCAUUAUAUUAUCUAUAAGAAUAAGAACUGCUAACAGGGUGUGUGUUGUGUGAAAAAUUAGUUCAGUCCGCUUCCCUUUAUAGUCACCGCGUAACGAGGAUAACCGCUCUUCAGGGAAGGCUUGUGUGUGGGCAAGGACGAGGGACGAGACGGACGAGUCCUUUUCUCAACAUAGUAGAAGGUGGAGCAUUAAUAAGCAACUUGUGUACGUUGUGUACGAGCGAAUGCUGUCGUUAAAUUGUCCAUGAAAGUUAUAUAUGAGCAUGUACAUGCACAUGUUUGUAGGGAUUUGUGCAUGCCGAGGUGGGCUUAAGCAGGUAUGACUGAUGAUGUGUGUGUGUGUGUGUGUGUGUGUGUGUGUGUGUGAAUGGCGAGAUCAUUCCGUGUGAGACUCACACAGCAGUCCUUCUCUAGUCGCUGCUGUAGGUCAAUAUGUAGAAGUGCAUUUAGAAGUGAUUCCUCAUAUCCAAAUCAUUAAGAAGUCGAUGCUAUGGCUGGAUGCGAGUCGAUGACAAUGACAGAUCGUCUGAGCUUCUAAUGUCUCAACUAACCUGGCGACUUUGUGGCCAGACGGCACUGUAGGAUCUGUAUAGCAUUCACCAUAGUUUAUACCUUAUGUGCACAAAAUAGAAAAGUAGUGGUCACUUAAAGGGGACACUUGUAGCUGCUUUGGAUAUGUAGCUGGCCACUGGGUAAGAAUUAAAGGCUGGUAGACCGUUGCACUUCCGUUUUUCAUCUCAUUUCCUUCACAUAGAAAAAGGAAAAGAAUAAAAACCAGUCAGCCUUCAUCUUGCGUAGCUUUUUCCUCUUUGUUUGGAAGAGGAAAAGGCUCCAUUUCCUAAGCCAGGAAGACGAAAGUGACAGCAAGGAAGGAAGGAAAUAAAGAAUAAUGGAUUCAGGGUAUUGAGUUAUUUCUGGAUAGGAAGAAAAAUAUAUGGGCACAAAACUGUUGGACUUUGAGGUCAGAAGGACCCGCAGAAAUGACUUUUGGGGACAAAAAAACGUCCUGCUCCCCAGCUAAGGGGUGACGGGAAAUAGCCUGAACUAUUUCCCCUCCCAUGUCAUUUACUAAGAGGUAGGAAAAAGGCUGAGCUUAGCAGCCAAAGUGGUGGCCGAAAACCCCCCAGGUGCCCUCCUGGGGCCUUUUUGUUCUGUGUAAUGUUAUCUCUAUAUGUUUGUUUUGUUAAACUAUGUUGUUGUUUUUGUUGUUUAGCCCUCUUACCAGAUGGAAACGGCUUCAGUGAAAAGGGGGAGUAAACUUAAAAAUAUGAAUGUAAAUUUAGUCAUGAGGUUAAUGAAGUACAGCUGCAUUAAUGGUAGAGUUGGUUUCAGUUCCUUUUUCGUUUCUGUUUUGACACAAAUAACCUGUUAAAGAACCGUAUAACGUCUGGUAUGCAUAUAUACAGUAGUCCUAGGAACAUGUCAGUAAACUUGGGUUCUGUAUCCACAACGCAUGAGCAACACUUGCUUCCUAACCGUUUAUAUCCUCAGCAAAUCUGGCAUUGUGCGCACAGCUUUUCUUUUCUGUUUCCUUAGAUAUUCUUCUGGAAAUAUCUUCCAUACAUUUACACUUUUUUUUUACUCAUUAUAGACUGCAGUUUGGAACAAAUCCACAAAACUAGCCGCCACAUUUAGUCACAGUUUAGGAUAAAUCUCCCUCUUCCCUCAAGCAUACACUCACACACUGCACCUCCUCCGGAUGAAGUACAUAUGUUUCAGUGUGUGUGCAUGUGUGUGCGUGAUGGUACCGGGGCACCUUUUUGGGUUCAGGCUGUUAAAACACAUCGUGACCAACUGCAGGGGCGCACAAGCAUCCCCUUGGGUGUGGUUACAAGCCUUUUCUGCGUGUAGGCGUACGUGUUUUGUGUACGAGAGUGAGUGACUGCGCGAACAUGAAAACCAAAAUAAAUCUGCCUGAGCAGCGUAUCCCCUGGCAGUAUAUGGGCCACCUGUUAUUUUUUGUUCUUUUGACACUUUUCCUGUGGGUUAGUUUCAGUGUAAAAAAGCCUUGCUGUCUCCAAUACACUAUCUCAAGCCAUUCCUGUUUGUGUUUUUUGGACCAUUUCUUAUGCCAUAGUUUGCCAUCAUGGUUAUCAUACAGACCAAAAGCAUGCAAAUCGACGUAUUGUAGUGACUGGACUGGAAUCUGGUGGUAAUAUACAACUAUUUACUGUAUGUUUUAGUUUAAAUGAAUGUGCCUCUGCUUUGAUAUUUAAAAAUAAUUAUCUAUAGUAAUUAACGUGGAUCUGCCAGAUUUCAACUGUUAAGGUGCCUUGUUAUGGCAUAAGAAAUUUGAAUAGCAAAAUGAAAGUUUUCUUGAGAAAUGACGGUAUGAUUUGGAGAUAGAUUUCAUGGCUUUGUUUGCUAUGAAGCUGUUCAUAGAUGUAGGGGUGUGGCUAAACUGUUUUGGUAUCGUGUACAUGUCUAGGGUAAUACUGUGCCAUAUAGAGCCCACAAAAUAUGUUAAUGUUAUUUUUAAAAGAUGUUUUAAUGUUGCCUGAUGACUUUGUCUUUAGAUUUGAUACAAAGGCUUGUAGCCACAGCUCUCCCAAAGUCUGUAGUCUCCUUUUCCAACAUUCUUCCUGUUCCCUCUCUCUCCCCUCGUUUCCGUCUCUCCCUUUCUUUCUCUUUGCUGCAAUCAAACAAAAUAAAGUAUUAACCUGAUGACCCAAUGAAA